AUGCAGCUGCAGAAAGCCGCUAUCAAUGAAGACAAGCCGGACAGACUGAGCCAGCUGCCCAAGGACGUGCUGCUCAACAUUCUGGAGAGGGUGGAUUCACUUGAUGCUGUAAGGACUUGCAUCCUCUCGAGUCAAUUACGGAAUCUGCCCACUAUGCUCUCGCAGAUCGUCAUAGCUCCCGACAAUCGCGAUUUGGUUCGAAUGACUGGUGUUUCGGCUCACCUGAUAAACAAGAUCCUCAGCACGAGGUCUCCACAGAUCACAAUUCGCAAGCUGCAGGUCAGAUUCGUCUUGCUUCCUAGUGACUGUCGCUCCAUUGGUAAAUACGUUGGCCUUGCCAUGGCGACGCACAAAGUGGAUGCAGCUGAGUUUGAAGUCGUGACGCCCCGGAAUUCUUACCAUUGCGCGCAUGCCGAUCUCCUGAAAUUCGCGAAGCAGUUCAGUAUGUUCAUUGCUGAUUGCCCGGAUGCAUUUGCUGGCCUCACACGAUUGAUUCUGCAGAAUCUGAGGUUUGGUGAAUCGGACAUACCCAAUAUCCUUAGCACCUGCAAGCGGCUGGAGUCGUUGUGUUGCUUUGAGUGUGACGCAGGGAUUAGGUCGGUGCUGCAUGUAGAACACGCUCGACUCGUUGAGCUUGAUCUCACCUACGGGAAAUUUUUUACGGUGGAGCUAAGCUGUCUACCAAAGCUCCAAAGGAUGACUUAUAAUAAUUGGCCCUCUGAUGAUAAUCCCUUAGUUCUCAAUUUUGUCCCUCAGCUUUCGAAACUAAACCUUGCUAAUGCAGGGCUUUCAAACAACACCCUCAAGCUAAGCCAACUGCUUGCAAAUGUCCCCUCAGUAAGCGAUCUGUAUCUGGAUUUUCGAAGUGAGAAGAUUUGGAUUCAACCAGAAUGCCCUAGAGUGCUCGCUCCUGUUCUUGGCCAGCUACGGUUUGUGAAUCUGGACUGUCUUCCUGAAGAAUGUGAUAUCACAUGGACAAUGUUCCUUCUUGAAGCUGCACGAUUCGUAGAGGACCUUUGCAUCACUGUAUGGGAUCAUAAGUGUGGAAGCGAGUCACAAAAUAGUUACUCCGGGAAAACGGAUGUGAAGUGGGAACCAUCUGCUCCUAAUUUCAAGCACAAGAAUCUAGCCAAGCUAACCAUCUACGGCUUCCAGUCCGAUGGCAACUUCAUGGGGUACGUCAGGCGUGUCAUGGAAGCUGCGGUGAACAUCAAGGAUGUGUCUCUUCUCGACAGGAAGGUGUGCAAGCUCUGCGCUGACAAGUUUCCUCACAUCAAGCUUCGUCCUUCGACAUAUCCGCAAAGCUGCAAGGAAAAGGACUCAUUGAGGAAGAAGAUCACAGAGGCAUCGGUGAUGAUGGCUUCCCCUGCUGUGAUUCACUUCCGGUCAUAAGUUCUAUAUAAGUCAACAAAUAUUUCGUGGCAUCGCCAUAGUCUAUUGCUCCUGUGGUUUGUUGGAGUUCCCCACUACUCCAGAUGUUAG